AUGUCAGUGAUUAAAGGAAAAGCUUUAGUGAAAAUGGAAGUAAUUCAAGUUGGUGAAUAUGAAUUUACGAAACAAGAUAUAAUAGGACACGGAGCCUUCGCCAUGGUGUACAAAGGAAGGAAAAGAAAGAAUCCGUCACAGUCAGUGGCCGUGAAGGUGGUCACUAAGAAGGGUAUUCAAAAGGCAUCAGAGAUACUUGUAAAGGAAAUCAAAAUUCUGCGUGAACUGACCGCGCUUCACCACACAAAUCUUGUAGCCAUGCACGAUUGCAUGGAUAGCCCCGCUUAUGUAUAUGUGGUCAUGGAGGUGAGU